GGUCCUCAGCCCCAGGCGGAGAGGGCGGGGCUCCAUCCUCUCCAUCCUGCGCGCUGGGCUUGUUGCUGAUGAGGGAGGACCGGGAGGCAGGAGUCUGGGACAGGAGGAGAAACAGGAGACCGUGGAUUUAUCCAUACAAGGAUAACCGUCCCCCUUGGUUCUUUCCCAAAAGAUCCCAAGAUGGCGGCCAAUGGUGUGGUGGGUUCGGAGUCAGAAGACCUUGAACAGCGCAUCCACCAAGUCAACAAUGAGGCUUUGGAGAGCACCAGGAGGAUGUUGCAGCUGGUAGAUGAGAGCAAAGAUGCCGGAAUUCGAACUUUGGUCAUGCUGGAUGACCAGGGAGAGCAGCUGGACCGGAUUGAGGACGGCUUGGACCAGAUCAUCCAAGACAUGAAGGAGGCCGAGAAGAACCUCACGGACAUGGCGAAAUGUUGUGGCCUCUUUGUCUGCCCCUGCGCAAAGUUAAAGAACAUAAAAGACUUGGAGGCCACCAAGACCAGCAACGGCCAGGUGGUCUCUCGACAACCCUGUGUGGUGGCCGAUGGAAACCAGAUGGUCAUGAGUGGGCCCUUCAUCCAAAGGAUAACGAAAGACGACGUGGAAGAAGAGAUGGAACAGAACCUGACGCAGGUGGACAGCAUGCUGAGCAACCUUCGCAGCAUGGCAGUGGACAUGAGCAACGAAAUCGACGUCCAGAGCAAGCAGGUGGACAGCAUUAAGGAAAAGGCCAUCGCAAACGUGAUUAGCAUCAACGCAGCCAACAACCAGACUACCAAGAUGCUGAAAAAUGCCUGAGCCGCCCCGCCCACCGCCUUUUACCCUCCCCACCCCACCCCCAAAAGAAACGGCUUCAUCCACCUGAAUUGGUUUCAAAUCAAGGCAGUUCCAAAUCACGUUUCCCAUUUUGAGACGCGUCCACUUCCUGAGUAAGCUUGCAUGCGAGUAACUAGAAAAGGAUGCUGGAAAGGCGAGAGCAGAGUGGAUUGUAGGGAAAUAGCGCCUUUGUACACACGAGGGACGCGAUCCUCCUGGAUCCAUCUGCAGAAUUGUUACACCUGUUUGCACAAGAGACUGUUUUCUGUACGUACCCAGGGACACUGAGCAAGACCACUUAUUGGAAGGCUAUGGCUGCUGUCCUAGUUGAAAGUAAGUCCUUUUGAUCAAUGUGGGAGUUGCUUCCUGCUAAACUUUCCCUCUCUCACGCAC